UAAACAAAACAGCAGACCGGUCAAUCCUCGAUAGCAGUGAGAUGUAUUUGUGCUGCCACCUGUGUGCACCUGAUUCAUAUACAAAGAAUUGUUAAGUAAAAACUGGACGGCAAUGAGGUUUAUUUUUUUGCAGGGGCGUGUUGAAGAUUUGUUCAAAUGUAAAGUUGCAGGAGGUGCCAGUAGUACAUUAGUCAGCGGAAAUUGCAUGUCGGGACUUUUUAUCAAAUUUCCUCAGCAAUUCGUAAUUUUAUAGAUUUUAAUCUAGCACUUUUCUAUCGGAUCAGGGUAUAUAAUGGGAAGGUCAUAUUUUGCCAACUCGAGCUCAAAGAGACGCGGUGCGACAGGUCUUCUGUGGCCGCUGCUCGGUGCGUCUCUCUGGGCUGCAGUCAUCGGGUACAAGCCGGUGAUCAUAGUCCACGGACUGUUCGACAGCUCAGGGGAUUUUGUUAAUUUAAAACGAUUCAUCAACGAGUCCCAUCCUGGAACCAAUGUAUCGGUUAUUGACUUGUUUGACCGAAGUGCCAGUUUACAGCCACUAUGGAAGCAAGUGGAAGGUUUCAAGGCAGCUAUUUACCCCAUUAUGCAAAAUGCAGAGGAUGGAGUCAACUUCAUCUGCUACUCCCAAGGUGGGCUGAUAUGCAGAGGCAUCCUCGCCACACUCCCCGGCCACAACGUCCACUCCUUCAUCUCGUUGUCUUCACCUCAGGCCGGGCAAUAUGGAGACACAGACUAUUUGAAGUACCUCUUCCCCCAGUUUGUGAAGUCCAACCUCUACCAUCUCUGUUACACCUCAGUAGGCCAGAGGAUAUCUAUCUGCAACUACUGGAAUGAUCCCCACCACAGGGACUUGUAUGUGAACAGCAGUGACUAUUUGGCUUUGCUCAACAGCGAGAGGCCAAAUCCCAACACAACAGAAUGGAAGGGAAAUUUCCUCAAGAUCAAAAAGCUGGUGUUGAUCGGAGGUCCAGACGAUGGAGUCAUCACACCCUGGCAGUCUAGUCAGUUUGGAUUUUAUGAUGACAAUGAGACUGUUGUUGAGAUGCAGCACCAAUAUUUGUACUUGAAAGAUGUAUUUGGUUUGAAGACCCUGGCUGCUCGCGGGGACCUAAUUCUGUGCUCUGUGGCUGGAGUAGAGCAUGUCUGGUGGCACUCCAAUGAGACUGUGUUCCACACCUGCAUUGAGAAGUGGCUGGUGUAGUGUCACACCAGAACGCACAAACAUGCACACAUGGUCUCAUCUCUACAGUAUGAUCAAGUUCUUGCUACCACCAUUUACCUGGUUGUACAGGCAGUGUGUAACACUAGCUGAAUAGCCUGUACAUAUUAUAUUUUCAAACAGUUAAAGAGAUCUAUGUGUGUAGUUGUGUGUUUGGCCACACAUACCUCAGAAAAUCAAAAAACACCACCCAACACAAUAGUGCCUGAUUGAUGUUCUGUCAUCUUGUCUACAUGUACAAAUCCACUGCCCUGCUCAUUUUAAAGACAAAGUAUUUUUUAUCUUUUUUUUUUCCUUCAAGGAGAUCAUGUUUCCCCGUGUUUUAAUGUGCAUGAGAUUUUAUUUGUUUGGAUUUUAUCAUUUUUAUCAUUCUCAUGCAGUGCUUUUAGGGUAAACCUUGUAAGCAAUCACUGCAGUAGAUCAAGCCUUAAAUUUAGAAUAUUUUCCAUGCACCUCAACGUUCCUUUUCCCAAACCAAAGUGCUAUGACACACUGCCUUUAGUGAUGUGCUUAAAAUGAAAAGCAGGGAGUGUAGAGACUAAUAUAGGAAGUGUAAGUGUGGCAGUGUUAUUUCGGUGUUUACCUUUCCACCAAACCUAUUGUAUGGCACACUUUACCUCCCAUUGCAUUUAGAUACCUCAGGCUUUUGAUCAACCUUUGUCAGUCUCCGUCAGAAAGUGUAUGACUUUUCUUAACUACUUCUGAUAUUUUGAAUGUUUAUGGAUCUCUGUUAUGCUAAAGGUGUUGGAAAAAAUGGGGAUAUCUAUUGUGCAUCAAAGUAGAAAAAAAUACUAUGUGAAUGAGGGAAAUAUGCAUUGCACAAAAUGGUUACAAUUUUAGCCAGAUGAUAAACUGAAGGGAAAAUGGUGAGGGUGGAAAGGUUUGCUGAAUAUGUUGUAAAUGUUUUCAAGCUGUUGACUUUGCAGUAUUAUGUAAAUGUAUUUUGUUAUUGUUGAAUUUUUGUUUUAUGUAUUACUAUACGAGUUAAUAGGAUAAAUUGCGUAAAUUGAUAUUGAAUUAAAGGAUAUCUUUGUCCGAUCCAUUUUUAAGAGUCUUGACAGAAAAAAAUGAUUUAGAUUGAUACAUUUUGAUCUUGGAUACUUAUUUUUCAAAUAACAUCGCAAAAACAUUUUGCCAGCAUCCACUGCAAUUUCCUAAAGGUUCAUAUUACUAUUCUGCAAAUAAGAGUUGUUGAUUAUAAAAUCCCCAAUAAAGAUUAUAGGUUUU